AUGCAGUCAUUUGAUAUCGAAUCUCUUAUUGGCAUAGGUAGGGUACGAAAUGGCUUCUCUGGAAUAUCUGAAGAAACUCCAGAAACGGAAACCGCUAAGGAAGCAGUUGCUAUUGCUAUUAACGAACUUCCGUCUGUUGCUAAUACUAAAGUAAGCACAACAAAUCUGAAUUUUGAUCGAAGUUUAAUAAAAUCUGAGUUCUUGUGCGAUUCGACAUCAUCUCGAAAACGUCCGGGUGCAUCAGCUGUAUCCGCAACUCGAACCAUAGAUCCGGAAUCGAAAUGUUUAGGCACUGCUUUCCACACUUAUCCCUGCGUAUCCGGUGGCAAAUCACAGUGUGUGCCAUCCUCUCUAUCAGUAUCAGUGGAAUCUCGUGAUGAUGGUACAAUGAGACGCUACCGGACAGCAUUUAGCCGUGAACAGAUCAGCCGAUUAGAAAAGGAGUUCGCACGUGAGAAUUAUGUAUCACGACCAAAAAGAUGUGAAUUGGCGACACAACUUAAUUUACCUGAAGGCACUAUAAAGGUAUGGUUUCAAAAUCGCCGUAUGAAAGAUAAAAGGCAGAAGAUGGCAUCUCUACACUGGCCAUUCUUCGAUCAUCACAUUACUGCGUAUUUCCUUAAUCCAUUUUGUUAUGAAGCUUGGAGGUCAUCUCUGAUACCUAAAUUGUGUGAUCCGAGUACUACACGCCCACUUCUCGCUACCGGUGGAUCAAUGCUCGGGUCAGUAGCAAUAGGAACAGGAACAAAUGUGGGAAUAGUACCUCGACCAGCAAUACAUGCCAAUCCAGCUGCUAUUAGCGUUGAACCAGUUGAAACAGUUCAAGACCGUAUCCAAGAACCACUUGAAUCCAUUCCUCUACAGUCACCUUCUGAAUCAAAGUCAAUCUUAUGA